GUCUGAUAUGUGGAACUUCUACGUGUCAACAUGGCUGUCAGUCGAGGGCCGGUGUUUGUGCCGGGGGUGUGGGGGCCAUACUACAGCGCCAUGGUGCCGGGGGCUGUGGCUGAGUGAGGGGGGACAGAGUGCCACGGGGCGCCUCCUAGAUCACAUCAUUGACACUCAUCCAGCCACCGCCUCUCUGCGAGCUCGGACGCCUCACAUGCAUGUAGUAACUUACCUGAACGAGUUGCUGAACAGUCUGGCCAACUCUGCAGGACUAGACAGUGUAGAUCUGCUCACCAAGGACUUGCACGUCUGGCCGGACCACCACGGCAACAGGUCUCCCCUGGCGGACCCUACUUUACGAGGCAUGGUAUCAGGACUGAGCUUGUCUUGUGAUGAGAAGGAUCUUGCACUGCUCUAUCUAGCUACUGUUCAAGCUUUAGCUUACGGCACCCGACACAUCAUAGAGAGUCUGGAGUCCGCCGGACAUCGUCGUAUGGACUGUGUGCUGCUCUGCGGUGGUCUCAGCAAGAAUCCGUUGUUCAUGGCAGACACAAGCGACAGUGGUGUGGGGCGGCCAGUACUGGUGCCACAGCGUACUGAGGCGGUACUGUCAGACUCGGCGGUGCAGCGAUACUGGCGGCGUACGCAGCCGGGCUAUACCCUCACUGGAGGCAGCUGUGAAUGCAAUGGCCGGUCAGGGCGGAUGCUGUGUCUCCAACACCAAAGCUAUCAA